AUGAGGCCAGCCUCUCGUUACCCAGUCGAUCGAUAUUUGGUUGAGAGCAGCAAAAGGAUGGAUAUUAUUGAAAUAAUGGAUGAAGAUUUAUGGAAGCCUGAACCGGCACUAAGGCCUGAAGAUGAAUAUUUAUUGAGAAAGUUGCAUGACAUGCUGCAAUCGACUGCAGAUGACCUGAAAGUGCUAUCUGGAGAGUUAUCGAAAUAUCACGAAUCCGGGGUACAAGUUAAAACGUUGCCGACACCGUUGGAUGAAGAUUUUAAUGAAAAGGUUCACGUUGAAGAAGUAGUCAAUGCAAAAUUUCAUGGUAAUAAAAUUAUUAAUGCUUCGCAAUCCACUUCACAAAAGAGUCCUACUCCAGUACAAGAUUUGAUUGCCAAUGAAUUAAGAAAAAAAGAAGUCCGCUGUGAAUCUGGUAAUGAAAUAAAAAAAACGAAAAACUUAAAAAUUUCUGGAACUAAACUUGUUCAUAUACCUGAAAGUGCCAAUUAUGUGUUAGAUACUAAGCCUUUAGAAUUAAGAAGUAAAAAUAUACCUAGUAAAGAGAGAGCCGUCCAAUAUAAUGAAAUUGUGUAUCAAGAAAUUAAGAAAGAUGAAGAAAAUAGUAGUCAAAAACAAUUUCAAAUUCAUGAAAUGCCAAGCAUAAAUAUAAGAAGUGAAUUUAAAAUACAACAAGUAGCACAAUUAGAUAUAACACCAGAUUCCAAUACCGAUAAGGAGGUCUCAACAGGCAAAAAUAAUGUUUGCGUAAUUUCCGUCAAUCACGAUUUGCCUACAGUAUCCUCCAGUAAGGAGCUUCAAAGAAUUGAAGUAAACUUCGAGACUGCUCCUGUACGAAAAAUAUCUAAGAUGUUAUCUUAUGAAAGCAGUGAGUCAUCGCCAAAUAUGGUAGGUAAGAGAAAAAAUAUAAAACAAAAACUUGUUCCAGACACAAAGAAGCCAAAUACCCGGAGACCCGAAACUAAAUAUUUGAAAUUUGAUUCUAAAAAAGCUCAGACAAAUUUGAAUGAUUGGAAAAGAAAAUUAAGUUCAGUGUAUGGUCAAUCCUCUAAAGAGAGUAAGCCACAAUUGAAAUUGAAAAAAACAACACCAAAAUUAUCAAAUACCCAAAAUCACGACAAACAACUUUCUGAACUCAAAACAACGCUAAAUAAUCCAACAGAGUACAUUCCUUAUGCAAAAUUAACAUUAGGCGGUGUUCAUGUGAAAGACAUCGAGGAAGAAAUAUCGCACGUAUCAAAUAGAAAAGAUUUACCGCUCAGUCCAAUCUUAGACAAAAUACUAAGUCGUCAGAAUUCAUUUAGUAAUGAGAUUUCUCAAAAGAAAGAAAACAAAAGUAAUUUAAAGGUUUUGACUACGUCUGAUGAAAACUUACUUCAGGAAGUUUUAGAUAUUGAAGAAAAAGUAAGCAUCACUUUAUCCAAAAACUUAAACCAAUGCAUUGAUAGCAAUCAAACUUCAAGUAACAAUAGAGAAUCAACUAACAGUACAGAUAAUACGUAUGCUGAUGAUUUUGAGGCUGACAAUUCAAAUGGGAUAACGGAGAAGUCUGAAUCUUCAAAUAAAAUGCCACAUUUAAAUGAUUCCAUAAGAAUUGAUGGUGACCAUGAUCAACCUAAAAGAGAACACAUUCAUAACAGAACUUCUGUGAAGGUAUCAAACUUAUCCUUAAAACAUAAAAUAGAGACAUUUGAAUUUAUUCAUAGUAUUGAUACUCAGGAGAAUGCAACACAAAGCAACGUAGUUAAUAAAAUGUCACUAAAAGAGACACAAACAUCGCCUCGAAGUGAUACUCCAUUUCAUAACGAUCAAUCUAUAGAUCCUAAACACGAAGUCGAAAACAUGUUCAAAUUAGAAAAAGAUUUUAUAAAGAAACUUAUUGUAGAUGAAUAUAGUGAUUUAAUAAUUAAUAUAAAUAAACCGUCUACUUCAAAUGACUCCAGAACUUAUAUCGACAGUAAAAAUAUUUCAUCAGUACAAAAAAACACUCAGACUUCCCCAGCGCGUGUGAAAAGCGUAAUGACGUCACCCACUAGAACCAAAACAAGAACAACGUCGCCGUUAGCUUUGUCUGUAACAGUAGAUAAGCAAAUAAGUCCCUUAAUAGCCCUGUCAACUGAAAAAAACUUACCCGCAACAGUUGGGUCGGACAACUCUGUUCAUUUAGACGAGUUUGAUAUAACAAUCAAUUUAUCAUCACCUAGGUUUCAAUUGCAGUUGCCUAAAUCGGCUUCUAUUGCUAAAAGUAACCAAACAGAUAGCAAAAAAUUAAGAUCUAAAUUUCCUUCGAGUAGCUCCAGCUCUGUAGAAGACUAUACAUCAUCCGACAUAAGUUUUGGUGAGAUGAGGCGGUUUCAAAGGCGCUCCAGGAGACAUAAAGUUACAUCUGUAUCUGAAUUUAGUUCUUCAACUUCAAAAUGUUCAGAGCAUAGUUUUGUUGUUCCCAUUCGAAGUGAAGGUGAAGUGAGCGUCUGUCAGACAAAAUCCAACAAAUAUAGUAAAAGUGAGGGAGAAAUCAGUCUAGGACAGUUGAGGUGA